CAAAAGCUUAACUAUACGUAAAAAGCUAACGGUUUUACAGUGCCAAUCCGGUUUGACUUGUUGUAACAAUUGAGCUCCGAUAUUGCAUUACAUUUGUCCGCAAACGCAGUUCCAUAAAUUAGUUGCCACCUAGAUUGAGAAUGUACAAUCCGAAGAGCAAAGACCUUGACCGGGAGUAUUUUCCCAGCUAUCAUACCCCCCGGUUUCAGGAUCAACCGGAACCGAAUAUUGCCGUGCUGGAGCACCAUGUUCGCCUAACCAAGCAGCAUGAAAGGGACUUGACCGCCAAGCAGGGCAUCAGCGUGGACCACAUGCGCUACGGGAGCGGUCGUCAGCUGGUGGAUGUGUUCUACAAUGAGAAGACCGGGAAUCAGGCGCCGCUUUUCGUCUUCGUCCACGGGGGCUACUGGCAGGAGCUGGACUUGAGCACGUCCUGCUCCAUCGUAGGUCCUCUGGUGCGGCGGGGAUACCGGGUGGCCGUCAUGGACUACAACCUGUGCCCCGACGUCACUCUGGAGACGCUGAUGCAGCAGUUCACCGACUUCCUCAACUGGAUCUUCGACUACGCCGAAAUGACCAAUGUGCUGGAGAUCACCUUCGCCGGCCACUCGGCCGGAGCCCAUUUGCUGGCCCAGAUCCUCAGGCACCAGGACAUGAUCAACCCGCAGAGGAGCAGGAUGGUGUGGGCUCUGAUCUUCCUGUGCGGCGUCUACGAUCUGAGGGACUUGUACAGUCUCGAAUCGGUUAAUCCGAAGAACAUACUGGGACUCAACCAGCGGAACGUUGAGAAGGUUUCGCCCAUGCUGUGGGAAUACACCGAUGUGGCCAUUUGGAGCUCCACUAGGAUCCACGUGGUGGUGGCGGAGCACGACAGCGUCACCUUCAUCGAGCAGAGUCGCCGCUUUGCCGAGGUGCUGAAGAAGAAUGGAUUCAAGACCAGUUUCAAGAUCUUUCCGAAAUACGAUCACUUCGAUAUUAUCGAGGAGACGGCCAUUGACGAAUCGGAUAUAUCUCGGUUCCUGCGCAACAUCCGCAUUGAAUAAAAUAGGCAGAGCCUCCAAACUUAAUUUCUCUUUUCUCACCAUUCGGUUUAUUUCGUACAACUAACUUAGACUAGUAGUAUUUCAUAUGUACACUAGCGUAUUUGUGUGGCUUGUACCCGAGGGUACGGACUUUGUAAUAAAUUAGCGUGGCGGGAUUUGUACGGAUGAUUGGAUUACCGAAAAUAUGUUAGGGGCGACAGUAAAGCUAACCAAUGUUAAUUCAUAGAACGCAUAGAGAAUUUGAUGCUUGAGAAAUAAAACAAAGAUGUGGUUAUUAUAGUUAA